AUGCACCUCUUCGUCAACACGGUGCCUAAAACGGCCGAGAACUUCAGACAGUUCUGCACGGGCGAGCACAAGGUCAAUGGCCAGCCGCAGGGGUACAAGGGCAGCAAGUUCCAUCGUGUGAUCAAAAACUUCAUGAUCCAGGGCGGCGACUUCCUCCACUCAGAUGGCACCGGCAGCACGAGUAUCUACCACAACGCCGCGUUUCCCGAUGAAUCGUUCCAGCACAAACACACAUCAGCUGGACUAUUGUCGAUGGCGAACUCCGGCCCCAAUAGCAAUGGAUGCCAAUUCUUCAUCACCUGCGCGCCCACGCCCCAUCUGGACAACAAGCACGUCGUCUUCGGGCAGGUCGCUGAUCAAGACAGCCUGAAUGUUGUUCGGAUGAUUGAAAACACCAGAACAGCGGGGCCUGGUGGGCGUGGACAGGGCGAGAGACCGGUUCUCGAUAUCAGGAUUGCCCAGUGUGGUGAAUUGUGA